AUGUAUAAAGACAUUGACAUUAAUGAGAUUGAGAAAUUGAAAAAAGAUCAAGAGAUGAUGUCUUUGAAAAAGGCACCAACAAAUAUCAAAGUAAGAAGAAUUGAAAUCUUUGUGAAUAGGAACGUUUUGGUUAAUCAAAUAAAGACUUUUUGGAAGAUGAAUUUAAACAAAAGACUGUUGGUCUUGUUACUCGUGAGGAAUUUAAGAGAAAGAGAGAGAAUAUUGAUAAUCUUGUGAUGCAGGAUAUGAAAUAAAAAUAGGAGGAAGAAAAUAAAAGAAAAUUGGAACUUAAAUAAAAGCGAAAAGAAGAAUAUUAGAAGAAGACUACAUUACUGUCUUUUGAUUUAGAUAAUGAAGGUAGUCCUUAAAAAAGUUAUGGGAAAAAUGAACAUGUAGAUACAACUUAUUUACCUGAUAUGAAUAGAGAAAGAAAAAUUGAAGAGAUGACUAGAUAAUUGGCAGGUAUGUGUUUAUUGUAUAUGAUUUAGAAUAAUAUUAAAAGGAAGUAGAAUCAUAAAAAGAUUCACUGAUUGAUAUUUAAUUUCAAUAUUGGGAUGCAUCAACUUGUUCUAAGUCUUUAAGAAUUAAAAAGAAGAUGACAAUCUUAGAAUUCUUGGAAAUGGCCAGAAGAGAAAUUAUAAGAGAUUUUGGAUUUGUAUAUGUUUGUUAUUAUGGAAUAUUAGUUAACAGAGUUUAGUCCAGAAGACUUGAUCAUAGUAGCCAAUGGAAUGAUUUUACCUCAUAAACUUAGUUUUUAUGAUCUUAUAGCUCAUAAAGUUAAGAAUAGAUCUGGUACACUAAUCUUUUCAUUUGAUCGAAGAAAGGUAUUAUUCUGAGGCUUAAAUUGGUUUAAAUUAGGUUUAAGCAAAAGGAUAGGAAUAUGAAGUAGAGGUUGAGAAGUCCACCACAUGUAAAAUCAUAGAGAAGUUUAGAUAUGAAAAGAUAAAACAUAUAUAUCCAUGUUCUAAAUGGGAGAAUGUAGAAAUCAACAAAUACUAAUGACAUUUUACAAAAAUUAAGACAAC